AUGAUUCUAGACUUGGUGGCUUCGCAGAUUCUGGCAGGUUCCACAUUCUUCAGCGGCACAUGGAAGUACUCGAGUAUAAUUGACGUCUUUGGCACAAUGGAUCGAAUCUAUCGAGACCUUCAGUACAAGAACAGAGAGGUCAAGGUCCAAGUAAAGGUCAUCGUAGUCUCCAUCGUAACAGCUUUGCUGUAUAUGGCCAACUUCGCAAACAUCGUAAUGAACAAUGCGCUAGACUUCUCGGUGUUGAAUUCUGUCACCUUUCUAUUGCUGGACUGCACACAACUUGCCUUUCUCUUCCACUUCACUCAUGUAACUGAAAGUAUCAUUAUGGGAUUCAAGACUGUUAGUAACAAGAUGAGAGAGGAGAUUAUCUGCAACUUAAUUGAACGAACGGUGAUGCAGCGCAGCCUGGGUGAUGGUGACAUCUUUCAUACAACACGCACUACGGUAUCCAAGAUAAAGAAAGUGAAGUCUCUGAUGAACACCUACUGGAUGCUGUGUGACGCCGUACACCAGGCUAAUGACUUCUACUGCGAUCAGCUGAUGGCCGUUAUGUUCUCCUUGUUUGUUCACGUCACUAUCACGUCCUACUUCUUCUUCUUGCAUGUAAGAACUGGUUACGUGUUCGCCUUCACUAUGCAUGCAAUCUGGGUCCUGGUUCUCAUCUGCUACGCGAUUCUGGUUGCGAACUCAAGCACGGAGGUCACUAACUCGGCCGACAAUACUGCGGUGAUGAUUUGCAAGUUGAUAAACAGAGAUCUGGAUCAGAGUUUUAGGAAUCAGCUUGAAGGGUUCCUACUGCAGUUGCCUCACCACAACGCAAGAUUCUCUGCUCGUGGAUUUUUCCAGAUCCAUAAUGAGACCCUCACAUCGAUGGCUGGAGCGGUGACAACCUACCUGGUGAUACUGAUCCAGUUCCAGACUGAGAAGUAAUCUACCCAGACUAGUCCACUGUAGAGAAACAUUCCUUUUGGAAAAAACUUAAUGUGAAAUGCUUAAUAUGCAGAUAUUUACUAGUCACGUUUGUAGUAUAAUGCAGAAACUACAAAUUAUAUCACAAAAUAUUACACCUGUAAAUUAAACUCUUCUUACAGCACAUUUAACGCAGUAGAUCUUGUUUUAUUAUUAUUUUUGAAAUUAUAAAACUUAAAUUUUAAUCAUUGAUCUGUAAAACACAACUUUGAUUAUGUAACUAGUGUCCUAUUAUUACAAAAACUAAUCAAAAUAACGAUGCAGUAUUUAGAU